AUGGGGAAGGAAAUCGACUUGAAACGUCCAGGAAAGAAGCUCUUGCAACUGGAGAACGCCAACUACGAUGGACGCUUUGACGAGGAGGGCGAGGACGAGGACGAAGUGGACGAAAGGGACAGCUACAAGCUCAGUCCAGAGGCCUUGGCACAAGUGGAAGCGUUGCGUCAGCAGGAUGAGUCCAGUCACGAAGAAGUGAAGAAGGCCGAGUCGACGGCACUGGUCAAGACGGAGCGGAGUAUGGAAGUCUAUGGCCAAGAGGACGACAAGCUGUUUGCUGACAGUGAGGAAUCGCUGGACUUUGAGCUGACGCCGAUGGACUUGACAGACUUUGGCCAGUUCCAGACGCUCAACAUCAAGCGUGCGGAGGUUCGGGUCCAUGAAAUGACCUUCGAGAAGGGUCUCAAGCCGUCUCGGACGACGUUGAACUCGAUGCUGGGCGUGUACACGAAUGCGCUGCGUCUUCGCUCGGCCGAAGUCUUCAUGGACGAGACGUUCUCCAAGUUCGAGCUCAGGCCCAACAAGUUCACGUACCGUAGUAUGAUGCAGAUGUACGUGCGUGCGAAGCGGACGACCCAAGCGGAGCAGUUGCUGGAGCGUGUGCGCUCAGAGAUCGAGAGCGGAGAUGUGGAGGCGGACGAGGUGACAUUCGGCUUGCUGGUGGACAAUUACGCCAGGAAACGCUUGCUGCGUCGCGCGCUCACGACUCUGGAAGACGCAGACGCGCUGGGGCUGCAGCUGCAGGAGAAGCAUCUGAAGAAGAUCCGCGCUCUGACGGAGAAGUACGGCGUCUUUACGGAUCUCAUUUCGGAGAACCCGAACGCGGUGCUUCUCGCUAGCUCUCGCUACAAACUCAUGGAGAAGCGGAAGGUGCGUGCCCAAGUGUUGGAGUACAACCGCAAGAUCGGGAAGCGCUUUCUUCUUCCGGAAACCGUCUACUAG